UAGGACUGAGACUCAUACCACUACUCCUGGCAGCGUCUGCUUCCAAGCGAGUGGCAUAUGUAGCUCAGUAUUGAGAGUGAGCAUAUUAAAGCACGUUGAGGCAUCAUUUGUUAGCGUCAUUUGCCUAUUGCACCCCUUUGUUAUUUGAGUCCCACCUCAAACUGCUUUGGGGAUAUGAUCUGUUUGUUACUUGUUCAACUGAGACGGUGUCUGAUGUAGCCCUGGUUGGCCUUCAACUCCUGAUCCUCCUGUCUACAUCUCUCAAGUGCAUGCCAACAUGCCAGCUUGCUGGCUAUAAUUUCUUAGAAGUUUUUCUAACUCUGAACCCCUCCCUCCCGCCUUUCAAGUUCACUAGAGUCUUCCUGUUCCACAUGUAGCCUCAUCAUCUCGUUCUCUGAACCCAAGCCAUGAUGCCUGGCUUUCCCCAUGAGUGCGUUGUCCAGUUUCUGCUGGCAUGACACUUCCCUUUACGUUACGGCAUCUUGACCUCUAGAGGUGAGCAAUUGUUUUUGAGACAUCUUUUAUCCAAGGUGACCAGCCUGUACUGGGGACCUCUCUUCUUUUCAAACUUUGUGUUGUAUUUGUUUUACCUGUGUGUAUAUCUGUGCACUGUGAGCAUGCCAGACCCCGAGAGGCCAGAGGAGCGUGUUGGAUCUCCUGGGAUUGGGUUAUAGAAAUUAAAAGCCCUUGUGCUCUGCUCUGGUGACUCCAGAUCCCCAAAGGGACUGCCGAGUGCUUCUCUCUUCCUUUCUCUUUUUUUUUGAGAUUAAGUAUUGCUUUAUAGCCCAGGCUGUUUUUGAAUCUCCUUUCUCAGUGCUGGGAUUAAAGGUGGGUUUCAGCCACACUUGGCACUUGUCUAUUUUUAUUGUUAAAAGGCCCUUUUCCUAUAUUGUAUCAUGAGUAAAAUUCUUUUUUUUCUUUGUUUUUUCAGGACAGAAUUUCUUUCUGUGCAACAACCCUGGCUGUGCUGGAACUCGCUUAGUAUACCAGGCUGGCCUCAAACUCACAGAGAUCCCCCUGUCUCUGCCUCCUGUGUGCUGGGUUUAAAGGUGUACAUCACCGAUGCCUGGCACUGUGAUCAUCAUGGUGAGAAGCAGACAGGCAGAAGCCAAGGCAAGAAUGAAGAGCUGAGCCUGUAUCACCAUCUCUUCGACAAUUAUGACCCAGAAUGCCGGCCAGUUAGGAGACCUGAGGACACUGUCACCAUCACCCUCAAGGUCACCCUAACCAACCUCAUCUCACUGAAUGAGAAAGAAGAGACUCUGACCACCAGUGUCUGGAUUGGAAUUGAAUGGCAAGACUAUCGGCUCAACUUCAGCAAGGACGAUUUUGCAGGCGUAGAAAUCCUGCGGGUCCCUUCCGAACAUGUAUGGCUGCCAGAGAUUGUUCUGGAAAACAAUAUUGAUGGGCAGUUUGGAGUGGCCUACGACUGCAAUGUUCUGGUCUAUGAGGGAGGCUCUGUGAGCUGGCUGCCCCCAGCUAUCUACCGCAGCACGUGCGCAGUGGAGGUCACCUAUUUCCCCUUUGACUGGCAGAACUGCUCUCUCAUUUUUCGUUCCCAGACCUACAAUGCUGAAGAGGUGGAGUUCAUCUUUGCAGUGGAUGACGAUGGCAAUGCCAUCAACAAAAUUGACAUCGACACCGCAGCUUUUACCGAGAAUGGAGAAUGGGCCAUUGACUACUGCCCAGGCAUGAUUCGCCAUUAUGAGGGAGGCUCCACAGAAGACCCUGGAGAAACUGACGUCAUCUACACGCUCAUCAUCCGUCGAAAGCCGCUUUUUUACGUCAUUAACAUCAUUGUGCCUUGUGUGCUCAUUUCUGGCUUGGUGCUACUCGCUUACUUCCUACCUGCGCAGGCUGGUGGCCAGAAAUGCACGGUCUCUAUCAACGUCCUGCUAGCCCAGACUGUCUUCUUGUUCCUAAUUGCCCAGAAAAUUCCAGAGACUUCUCUGAGCGUGCCGCUGCUGGGCAGGUAUCUUAUUUUUGUCAUGGUGGUUGCCACGCUCAUUGUCAUGAAUUGCGUCAUCGUGCUCAACGUAUCUUUGCGAACGCCAACGACUCACGCCACAUCCCCUCGGCUGCGCCAGAUUUUAUUAGAGCUACUGCCGCGCCUCCUCGGCUUGAGCCCACCCCCAGAGGAUCCCGGAGCUGCCUCACCAGCGAGGCGUGCCUCAUCUGUGGGCAUUCUGCUUAGAGCGGAGGAGCUCAUCUUGAAAAAGCCGCGGAGCGAACUCGUGUUUGAGGGACAGAGGCAUCGGCAUGGAACUUGGACCGCCGCCCUCUGCCAGAACCUGAGUGCUGCAGCCCCUGAAGUCCGCUGCUGUGUGGAUGCUGUGAACUUUGUGGCUGAGAGCACAAGGGACCAGGAAGCCACUGGAGAGGAACUGUCUGACUGGGUGCGUAUGGGGAAGGCCCUCGACAAUGUCUGUUUUUGGGCAGCGUUGGUGCUCUUCAGCGUCGGUUCUACGCUCAUCUUCCUUGGAGGUUACUUCAACCAAGUUCCUGAUCUCCCCUACCCACCGUGCAUCCAACCAUGAGCCUGCACCAGGACCCACCUCAUCCCCACCCCCCAAGAAAGAGAUUUUGAAAACAGGCUGCUGACAAUAAAUCUGGUUUGUGAACUUGCA